ACGCUCGCGACACUCUAUUCUCCAUCAGUGGGGUGCACUGUCUCAGUGAUAGUCUCAAUGAUCCUGUGUAGAGUAGCCUUGGAGGGCUUAUCUCAGGAAAGUGGCUGGCACAUAGAUCACUGUUUCUUUGACUGAGGGGUCCUCUUGGUUCAGUGUUGGUGUCAACAAAUUGCCAUCAGGUUCUUGAACACCUUUGCACUAAUCUGUUAGCAACAAGGUGUGGUAAACACAAUUACAAAACUAGCCAAGACCUGUACUCUACGCUUCACAGUUGACAAAAUCUACUUCAUUCUCAAUGACAAGGUAGCAAAUGGAGGUGUUAGCAUGUGGUGUGAACUCAAUCAGGAGAACUUCUUUGAUGAGUUCCAAAUGGAGGGAGUGGCUGCAGAAGACAAUGAAAUUUAUUUAGAGCUGACAUCUGAAAACUUCUCUCGAGCUUUGAAAACAGCACAAAAUGCUAAGGCAGUGAAAGUCAAGUUGACUAAUAAGCAGUGUCCCUGCCUCACAGUAGCCGUGGAACUGCCUUCCUUAUCAAGUAGUAGCCGCAUUGUGACUCACGAUAUACCUGUGGGGAUUAUUCCAAGAAAGUUGUGGAAUGACUUCCGAGAGCCCAGUGUGCCAGAUUUUGAUGUCAGCAUUUAUUUACCUGUGAUGAAGACCAUGAAGAGUGUUGUAGAGAGAAUGAAAAACCUCAGCAAUUCUAUAGUAAUAGAAGCAAACCAAAAAGGAGAAAUGAACUUGAAGAUAGAAACAGAUUUAGUGUCAGUUACAACUCACUUUAAAGAUCUUGGGAAUCCUCCUUGGGUACCUGACCAUGUGUCUCAAAAAUCGACUGAAGAGAGACACCCUGAGAGUAUGGCUGAGGCACGCAUUGACAUUAAAAGACUUCUCCAGCUGCUUGCAGGUCAGCAAGUGAAUCCAACAAAAGCACUGUGUAAUAUUCUGAACAAGAGGAUUGUUCAUUUCAUCUUGCUCCACGAGGAUUUCUCUCUUCAGUAUUUCAUUCCAGCCCUUGCAUGAAUUGUCAUGUUUAUGCGGCGGUAUUUU